CUGCAUUAGUCACUCGUUACCCUUGAUAGCCUCAGUUCGGUUUGUUCGCGCGGAGGAAAGCUUCGCGAAAUGUAAGUCAUUCCAGCCGCGGUUGAAGGUCUGCUACCUGCUUCUUCUGCUGUGUUUCAUCGCAAUUUUGUCUUUGGCCCCGGUCGAUUGCAGCUCAUUCAACGCCAACUCGCUCCGCGUUCGGUCCGGUCCGGUUCGUAGACAAACAACGAGGAAGUGAGCCAGUUAAUGUGAAAAUGAACUAAUUUCGCUAUUUUCCCGUUUCGGAACUGUAUCGUUUGUUGCGCCAGCCACGGCCAGUGCAGCGGCCCCUCGCAGAGAGUCUAGUGGAUUUGUGCGCACACAAUCGACAACCUGAUCCACUGUUGGUGAUAACGCAGGCCUCUGUAACGCGCUACUGUUGCUACUUUCAGUACACAGGGCAAGAGAGUUCUCCAGUUCUCGGACGUGGUCGCGUUUGUUCCGAGUUACUAGAUAUUCGUUCGUGACCGAAAAAGACAAACAUACAACAGAGUGACUGUAAGUGUUCGGUUGUUCUAUGGGGGUGUUCAUUUCUGUGUUAACUAUCCUACGAUGAGCUAUUAUGAGAACUUUUGUAUUGUGAGCAUCUACGUGCCUGUUUUUGAUAUAAAGUGUUCGGUUGUGUAAUGUGAUUUUAACAACGUUUACUACGGCACUCAAAGGAAUAUGCAAGAGAAAAGAAGCUAGCAACUAGCAACAACAAUAACAACGACUACAACUGCAAAAUAGUGCUGCUAAUUACUGCAAUACGAUAAUGAGCAAACCGGCGGGCAUUACGAUCAAGUCGAACCGCAUUUCACGCGACAGCGGCAUUUGUGUGGAAGACACCAGUCGAAGCAAAUCACCCCUGGGCCUGGGUGAGAGUGCGGUGAAAAGGCGUUUUCCGGCUGGUGGAGGCGGUGCAGUUGGAAAACCUGUCGGCCGCUCGUCGUACGUGCGGCGGUUGACGCAGCAUUUCGAAAAUUUGACCUGCCACGAUGAAAGUGACCGCAGCACACCGACCUCAACCACUUCAGAGGAGCGCUCGUCCGGGUCUUAUCAUUCCGACUGGAAUCUAAAUGUGACAACGAGGAGUGUGCGGGAGAAAACGGUGGUAGCGGAAGUUGAACAGCGAGUGCAAAGUGUAGAUGAGUGCGAUAAAAAAUCCGAUCCAAGAAUGGAUGACGCAGUGGAAGUGAUUGAACAUAUUUAUGAAGAAAUUUUAGGUGGCAAAAGUGAUUCCUCCAAAUUUAGUGUUAGACAGCAGAUGCACUUCACAUCGACCGUGGAGUUUGACGAUAUUGAUCGACCUGGGGUUCACCGGGAAGGCGAUACCGAGCCUGCAAACGUACACGGUAUCGAUAAGAUUACGAAGGCCACCCGCUUCAGCAGUCGGACAAGAGGCGCAGAUCUCGCACAGGAAGCUUCAGAGUCGCUUAUAGUGGCAGAGGCAAGAAAUGUGCUUCUAUCAAGUGAACCUGUUUACGAUGAUCACCACGGCUACUACGAUGAGGAUGACGACGAUUUCAGCGGAACGGAUUCUUUCGAUUCUUCCGACGACGACGACGACGACGACGACGGCGACGCCGACGAAGAACGUGCGAUCAUCGAAUCCAGGCCCGAUUCGAAUUCAUCUCUCAAAUCGGAACGCAUCACCAGCAUCAUGAAAGAGCUGCUGGAGAAUGAGGAAAAUUAUGUCCAAACACUUGCCAAAGGGAUUGAGGAUUACGUUAGGGUAAUGAGCCAGAAAGAUCUACCGUUAGGACUGCGAGGGCAGCGCUAUCACAUUUUCGGUAAUAUUGAAAACAUUUACGAGUUCCAUAAAGAAAAGUUCCUACCAAAGCUCCGGGAAAACCGCGCGAGUAUUCAGGGCAUCGCAGAAACCUUCAUACAAUUCAUCGAACAGGAUCGGUUCUAUUGCUACAUUCUGUUUGCCCUCAAUCGUCCAAAAUCGGAAAAGAUUUGCAAUAAAAACUUGGAAUUUUUCCAGGAACGCCAACACGAAGUUGGUGACAAAUUAGGACUGAACAGCUUUCUCCUGCAGCCGAUUCAACGAUUGCCGCGAUAUAAGCUAUUACUGGCGGAAAUUAAUAAGGAAGUGCUCAAGCUGAUAGCCGACUGUUUGCUCACAUCAGUGAAGGACGAAAUCGGUAUCCUCUGCAAGGCAGAAAAGCGCCUGGAACGGUUCAUUGAUGUUGUUAACGAGGCUAUGAGUAUCAACGAUAUUAAAGAGUGCUAUGACGAUGCAAAUUCGAUGCAAGCGGAACUGCUGAACCCAUUAUCAUUAGCUUUCAACAUCUUUAGUCAAAUCGUUGAACCAUGUCCGGUGUUAAUUCUCAGGGCUAGGAAAUGCAAAAACCCAGAGAAAAAUAAAGCAAUAAAUCUCUUUCAUAUGGGUAAAUUUCGCAAAAUGUUCGAAAUGGAUAUUUACGAUUGGGACCGAAGGCGGCGCUAUCCGAGCAAAAUAUUCUUCUUUGAGAAGUGCAUAAUCUACACGGAGAAGUUCAAGGAUUAUCUGGAAUACCGAGGUCACUAUAUCGACUCAGAGGUAGCGCUGUACAAUGAAGGCAAGUGUAAGGUUUGUGUGUUCGCUAGAAAGCGGGGAAUUCAAGAGGUGGAAAUAUCCGGCACCGAAACCGGACUGGUACAGCGAAUGGCCGGCUAUAUCGAGAACAUGAUGAGGGGUUUUGCCGUGCAAGAGCGUCAGCGAAUCAACGAUUCCAACAGCAAGAAAAGCUACCACGAGCUGCGAGUUCCCAGCGUGAAGACCAUCAAUCGGGGAAGUAUGGGCAGCACUAUGAGUACGAUUUCACUGGUCAGCAAUGCUAGUAGUCGUGACAGCUACGAAUCUACUUCUCAGACUACAUGGGACACUGAGAAGCCCGUCCAAAGUCUGAUAUCGGCGCAGAAGCACUUUUGUCAGAUCAUGCUAGCAAACCGGAAAUACUACUUCAACGACCUUCCCGAUGACCUUUCGAGAGGAAUUAGUCGAUUCAUACAGGUGUAUGACCAAAUUUUGGAAAUUCACGUUAAACGAAUCAACGAAGAUUUCACCUCAGCGGAUGCGGACAUCGAUAAGAUUUGCGAGUUGUUCAUCACGUACUUCCAGGAGGAUUUGUUUGAACCAUACAACACAUACUUGAUGCAUUUUAAGAAGGCCGCUGGAAUCAUGAAAAAUAUUCAUCGCGCAUCGCGUGCAUCUCUAACCGGAACAAUGGUUGCGCAAACCGUCGAAGACCUCACUUUUCUGGCCAUCGAUGUAUGGAAUAAAUAUCAUAACUUCUUUAAAACGGUAAUAGUGCGCAUGUCGGAUCAACUGAACGAAAACGUGGAUGGAAUCGAUAAGGACCUGUUUCGCAAACUUGCCUUCGUCGAGGUCCAGAUAAACAGCUUCCGCAAAACGUUGGUUCAAAACUAUCGACUGUUCAGUUUAGAUGAAAAUGUUUCCGCCCUCAGUCUCGGCCUGGUGGUGUAUUCCGAUCGGGUUCGGUAUGGAAAUGAGACGGUCAGUUCGCACAGAAUUUUGCUAUGCGAAAAGGGAGCUGUCUGCGUGAAGGUUCAAUUGGUCAAGGAAGCCGAACGGCAGAUGGAAAAAUAUACCCGCAUCGUGUUUGUGGACAGUUUUCGGCGAGGGGAGAUGCUGGCAAAGCAGAGCCGUAAAGCUGAUGUCAGGAUAAAUUUCGAAAUCAAUGGAUCGAAACAUCCGGUUGACUUCGGGAACAAAGCACACAAGGAUAAGUUCUACGGGAAUUACUGUAUGCAUUAUGACAAAUCUGCGAAGAAACGUUAGUAUAUUUAAUAGUUUUGAAUCGAGUGUUGCCAGUAGUAAAUAGGAAGACAAAACUGUAAUGCAUUUUUAUUAGUGACGAUUAAGUGGUUAAAAUGUUGGUUUGAUUUAUGUGACGAAUAAAAAACAGAAUGUAUUUUAUCUUA